ACAGGAGAGUUUUUUAUCUGAAAGGGAGGGAGCCCUGACACAUUCAGACAUUUCACAUUAGUGCACACCAUGUACUUUGCUCUGAUCUGCUAACCCUCAUUUCUUGAUCCAUGGAACAUCAUCAGCCUUAUGCCAAUGCUCCUUAUAUAUCCCCUCCUAACAACAUACCUGGAAGCCAUGGAACCUUCUACCAACCAUACAGCAUCCAGCCAGGGGUACCACCUACCCACUAUAUUAUAGACAGACCUCCAACACGCAAGCUUCCAUUUCUUUCUUUCUUUUCAAAUCGUGGCAUGAAUGCUGCUGUUAUUUUGAUCGGGAUCAUUGUGGUUGCUGGACUUGCUCUGAUCGCUGCAUAUAAACUGAAUGCAUUUCAUACUACACCAUCAAACUCGAUUCCCAGAGAAAAAUGCCUCUCUAACGUGACUCUAUGCAAUGGAGUGGCCGAGUGCGAACGAGGAGGGGAUGAGAUGGGAUGUGCGAGAUUUCUAUGGGACAAUUCCAUGGUCGAAGUCAUGUCCCGCAAAAAGGAAAACUUGUGGUUACCUGUGUGUUACAACGAAUACAGUUCAGACUUUCCCUCCUUUGUGUGCCAGCGCUAUGGAUUUGAAGGGACUCCUGCAACAGCUCCAGUGUAUUUCGCUUCGAAUGAGGCACUGCACAGUACCGGGAUACAGAACACCAUCCAGGGAAGCCUGCAAAGUACAACUUGUGCCAAUGGCCAGUACUUGUCCCUGAGGUGUUUAGACUGUGGCAAAAGAAUGGCAAACAGGAUUAUUGGAGGGGUCUCAGCAAAACUUGGGGAUUAUCCUUGGCAGGUCAGUCUGCAUCAAAGGGCUGGAAACAGAUUUGCCCAUGUUUGUGGCGGAACUAUCAUCAACAACAAAUGGGUUGCCACUGCCACCCACUGUUUCCAAGAAACUGUAGAUCCCGCCAACUGGAGAGUGUAUGCAGGGAUUAUUAAUCAGCAUAAUCUGAACGCAAUGCAUACUGUCACAGUCAUUGUUAGAAAUGAGAAUUACAAUUCAGACACUGAUGAUUUUGAUAUGGCCUUGAUGAAGAUGAAGCAGCCGUUCAUAUUCACAGCUGCCAUUCAGCCAGCCUGCUUACCAAUGAUGAACCAAAAUUUUGGUCAAAAUGACAUCUGCUUUAUUUCUGGAUUUGGCAAAACCAUACAAAGUUCUGAUGAAGGUUCACAAUAUCUGAUGCAGGCACAAGUCCAUGUUAUCCCAACAUCAGUGUGCAACAAAGUAAAUGUAUAUAAUGGAGCAAUCACUCCAAGGAUGAUGUGUGCUGGUUACCUACAAGGGCAAAUUGACUCUUGUCAGGGGGACAGUGGAGGACCACUGGUGUGCCAGCAAGGCGGAAUCUGGUACCUGGCAGGAGUUACAAGCUGGGGAAGUGGCUGUGGGCAGGCCAACAAACCUGGGGUGUACAGCAAUGUCAAUGCUUUCCUUCAAUGGAUAUACAAACAAAUAGAGCUGGAGCGAAAUUCAUGACCACAGAAGAAAGCCCUGCGGAAGGAAGAAGAGCGUGAUGUUCAUAUAUGGCUAUAUUCAUAUCAGAAACUUGCCAGUGAAAGGUGUCAAGGAAGAGUUAAAUAUCAAGGCAAUCCCAAGUGCCCAGAGGCAUCAGAGGGUUGACUGGGUGUUCUUACUGAUGUUUACAAAUAGUUCCUUUAAUGUCUUUGUUUAAAGUAAUAUUUUUUACUAAAAGAAUAUUGUCCCUUAGUGAAAGUGGAGAGAUUUCCCAUACUUUCAGGAAAUAUCUGUAGCCAGUGGCAUAAUGAUCCUUUGACAGGACACCCCUACAAAUGAAAAUUUUAAAGCUCCUUCCCUGCAACAUUGACUGACACCCCACCUGUGUGUGUGUCUGGCAGCUGGGAUACAGGGGCCCCUAUUUUCCCCUGGACCCCCACACCCAGUCAUUGGAUCUGAAUGGUAGUUAUGCCGCUGUCCCCAAUGGUAUUAUGUGUCCUUGCACAGGUAUGAUCAUAGUGAAGGCACAGCAAUAGCGAUGAGCUGACACCCCACCUGUGUGUGUGUCUGGCAGCUGGGAUACAGGGGCCCCUAUUUUCCCCUGGACCCCCACACCCAGUCAUUGGAUCUGAAUGGUAGUUAUGCUGCUGUCCCCAAUGGUAUUAUGUGUCCUUGCACAGGUAUGAUCAUAGUGAAGGCACAGCAAUAGCGAUGAGCAAAUUUUAUGGCGAAGCAAAACGGGACAGAUUCGCUCAUCACUACACAGCAAGAUGCUUUCAUUCUAUAUAGACAUUUAAGAUAUACGCAUAAAAUGCAGAUUUACAGAUCAGGAAACUAAAUUAAAUUUGGAAAAAAUACAACAGGAUCUCACAUUCCAUGAUACAUAGCUCUGUUGCCACUCGCCACUGUUGGCAAGACCUAAAAUAAAUUGCCAGAUAUUUUGUUACUACUGGAGGGUGCCAUAUUGUUGAGCAAUGGUCAGGCCAAAAUCUAAGCAUUUGUUUUUUUUAUGUCUACAUUUAUUCACUUAUUUAAAAUUGUGGCCAAAAUGUAAUUUAUACUGAACACUAUAAUGUUAUUUGCCUCAGUUGGAUGAUGGCUCAUUUAUCUGGAUAUUAAAAAUGAUACAGUGA